CGUCACUAUAGCCCACAGACAUCUUAGGAGUUGCGGCAUCCACGUUAGUUUUCUUGCAUCCAGUGCAAGAAAACUACACACAAUGUAGAGUAUAUUUUUUAUUGGAAGUUAGGGUGGGGUUUCUCUAAAAACCGCAAGAACAUUCGCCAACAAUACACAUUCCCCCAGAAGUUAAUUAAUGAAACGGAAUCGGAAAGCUUAGUGAAUUGAAUACAAAUUCUAGAGAAACAAAACAUGCAUCAUAGGUCAUCUGAACAAUCUAGCAAAGCGAUGCUUGAAGCAUCUAUCGUCCGGUGGAAUGUGCAGUAGACGUCAGCAAGCCUUGGAGUUGUGAAGAACGAACAAUGGCGUUGAAUAUGGAUCACCCCUCCGCCUUCUCGGUUCCCCAAAAGAAGGCAAGCGCACCCGUCCAGCUCUCUAAAACUACAAGUCAGUUGAAAAAACCGGCAGUUACCAAACAAGGAAAAGAUGCUAUGAACCGUUUAGCGGCUGAAAAAAAUCCUAUAUUCAGAUAUAAGUCAACGAUAGGGCACUUGCCAAAAGAAGCUGAAACAUUUGUUUACGUCAAGAGAAAAGAUAGGGUGAGAAAUAAAAUUAUCGUAGUUCCAGAGAUGGUUUAUCCCCUUGAAGCAAACAGGAUUUGUGUCCCCAAACACCAGGCACUAGAGGAUGACUGGCGGGCCUACCGCAGUGCCAUCCACAACUUCUACGCCAUCGCCAGGUCGCAACAACAGCCGUGGGAACGGGAGUUGGAGCAGAGCAAGAUUCUCGCCAUCGUCACGCGAGUGUUGUCCUCAUCUGGAAUGCCCCCUGAACUUCUAUCCAAGACAAACGUCUCAAAAAUUAUCCCCAACGCCACUGUGGAUCUGUACAAGAACGGUAUGGCCCACCCAGCCGGGUUCCUCUACCGGCACUACAAGAACGGGAAGGUGCCUCCGCAGAUGAGAAAGUCAAACGUGAAAAAUAUCGUCAUUUCAGAUCCCUUCCAGCACAUGUCCCGGGCUCCGAGCGUCAGCAGCACGGAGCCCGACUGGGACGCCGACGUCAUCAUCAAUGGUACCGAGAAAACUGACCUCUUCGUCUACAACGAACCGGACGCCAUCCCCGCCUCCUGCGUCAGGACCAACUUCGCUGUGCCCAUCACCAAGCGCGUGGAGAACAUCGUCACAUCCGCCCACUACUCCAGGCAAGCUGACCGCAACAUCCGCAUAGCGCUGCCCGUCCCGCCGAGGGCACCGGUCGUACCGAUGGUUUCGCCAAGCCUCUUGCCGAAACAGAUGGGUUCGAGUCGCAUGCUAGCGGCAUCGCCGAACUACCUAGAUAGUCUGAUGAAGGGCGACAAGUACGCCAACGCCCUUAAUCUCAGCCCCGAGUGACACAUGGCGCUGACAUGCCACAUUUCGCAAGCCCCCACCAACGACAUCAUGCCUACAACAUACACUACUAACACAAUGACAAGACUCAAUAGUGAUGUUAAAUGUUUUCAUAAUUUGUAUCCAAUAAAAGUAUGCCUAUACUU